AUGGAUCUGCAGCGACUCCGCAUUCCAAUCCAGGUGGAAUUUCUCGCCUUCAUCGCCGAUGAGGUAGCGCUGUCGUGCAUCCACGUCGCCUCCUCCUCUGGAUCGGGAGGGAGACAACGCCCACCGCUGGCGUUGACCUCAAGCACCAGCGGUGCAUGGGCCGACCCCGACCACGAGGCCACCGCGGCCCAGCAGCGCGACCGUGUCAGCCCAGUGCCCUGUGCUACCCCUCUCCAGUGCCCAAACCAGCCCAGCAAGCCCAUGAGUUUCAAACCGCUUGGGAGUGUGAGGAUUCAUUUGACUAGUUGCAGGUACAGGUAAAACGAUACUUUGACGUGAGCGUGAU